AAUUGGUCGGAUGGUAUAAAUUAUAAGUUUGUAUGAAGACAACCGCAUUAUGUGUUGCAAUUAAAGUCAAGGUACUACGUGUUAUUUCAAUUUUGGAAAAAGAUUAUCUUGUAAACUUUAAAACAUGGGUUGCCUGUUCUCCAGUGAGAGCAAUAAAAUUGGAUCUAGUCAAGUUGUGCCAGUUAUUCCAGCCUCUGAGGAUUGUUGCCAAAUAAAUAUUAACAAUGGAAGCAAGAUAAUCGUUAGUCACCCUCAGAAACAGAUAAAAUGUAACUCAGCGAAAAGCAGCAAGUCUCUUAAUUCAUGUGACAGUUUGGGAGAUGGAGAGUUCCAGGCAGACGAAUGUGAUAGAGGAUUUUCUGCAACAUCAAAAGUUUCAAAACACAGCUCAGAUUCAGGUCUUGGUGGAGAAGAUCAUUCGGAUUUUAUCACGGAAGAUUCUGAUCCACAUGUUGUUGAUGAAAUCCAGAAAAAUUUCCAGGAACCACUAACACUUGAUCUAAGUGUAGUUGGAGUAAAAUGUCCUACAAGGUUAAGUGCAAAACAAAAACAAAGACAAGAAGAACAACAAGUUAUAGAAACAUUGAGAAAUGAAGGUCUGAUAACGAAGCUGACAGGUCAAUCUUCUAAAGGUCUUGCCUUUGAAAUCAUCCAGGAGCGUCCGGAAUCUGUUAUCCCUCCUGCAAGGCUAGAAGAUAUGAAAAGGAAGAAAAUGCAAAAGGAAGAACUCACAGAGCAAGAGAUCAGGCAAAAGCUUUUCGAAGCCGAACGUCGAAGAAAGCAACUGGAAGAAGAAAGAAUAGUGAAGGUAAAAUCUAUGGAGAAAACAGAAACAGCUGGAGCUAUCCAAGCCUUUGUUCAACGCCAAAAACUAUUAGAAGAUCAACAAACUAAAAAGAUGGAGGAGGCAGUGGUUGCUCGGCAGACAAGAUUACGCGAGAUGAGAGAUAAGUUGAAACAAAAAGAAAGACAUGCUCAAGCUGUACGUGAAAGAAAACAAUUGAACUUAGAUACUAUCACUCCUAGCCAAGACGGAGAGCACGAGCACAUUUCAUCAAAUUGAUAUAAUACAUGACUGUAUUGUAUCUUUCUCCGAAUCUCAGAUCAAUCUAGAAUAUAGGUAUAUCAUUACUUAAUGGUUAAUUUUGAAUAAUAAACCAAAGAAGUAAGUUUAGGAACGAAAAGUUACUUAACGAAAUCGAUCCAUUGGUUGUAAAAUUUGAUUCUGAAUAUUUCCGGUAUAUUCCUUUCAAUAUAGUACGAAACAACAAAAAGUUAAGUUUGUACAUGUAUUUCUAAAAUUUACUUUUAUUUGGGAAAAUUAAACAAGGGUUAAGGAUAGCGAAAUAUGUAAUGAACACGAGUAAAAAGCAUGGGUUGGCGAUAAAGAACAUGCGUUAAAAAAAGAAUGCCGAUUACAGAUGAAGAACACGGGUUGUAGAUGAAAACGUACGUUAGAUAUAUAAAGAAACGCGAUAAAGAGAGCACGGGAGAUAAAUGACGUGGGUUAGAUUUAAAGGGAUUAUAAAGAGUUUUUUUUUUUCUAAAAUUCGCUAAAACUAUGUUUCAUGACGUCACCAAUCGCAAAGGACUAAAGGUGUUAUGUCAUACAAGCGUAUUUUGCGAUUAGUGAAGUCAUCUAACACUUGGUUUCAGUGGAACUGCAGAACCACAGACGUCUGAUUGAAAAUUGGAAUGGUGCAAGUUGAUACUAUCAGUGUCCCAGAAAACCUCUUCACAAUCCCUUUAAAGAAAACGGGUUAAUUUUAAGAACAUGGGCUCGGUACAAAUCAUACGGGUAAAAGAUAAUGUGGGUUGGGAUAAAUAAAGCCAACAAAUUGUACUAUAAUACAAUGUGUAAAUGGCGACUGAAUGAGUAAGAGAACUAGUAUGAAACUAUUAUUUAUUGUGUAUUGUAUUUGUUAUUGUUAUUUGUAUAUGUUCCAGAUCAAAUUGAAUGUAAUUUUAUGUAUUUAUAUAUCUUGUGUAUUUAUUUAUAUUUACAAUAUGGUUUGUUAAAUUUGUUAUCAUUAAAGAAAAUCUUAAUUU